AGGAUCCCCACCAUCUCCAUAGGCGUCGCCUACGACAUCAACAACCAGCCCAUCUCCGUCAACACGUUCGGCUCCGUCCUGCCGGACGUCAACAGCGAGGUGGACCUCAACACCACCUCGGAGACGGACGUGGAGGACCGGAAGAAGUACGAGCCGAACAUCCUGGAGAGGGCCCUCGAGCACACCCUCUGCUACAACCCGAGGCGGCGCGCGAAG